GGCUGCCUUGGACCUUUCAUUUGAGACCUCUGUGGAAUUUCCUAGGGUCAUCAUGCCUUGUUUUAUGGACUCACAUCUUAGCUUCUGGAACUUUCCACUUAAAAACUGUGGUCUUCGGACAUUCAAAGGACUCUUCUUCAUCCUGUGGCUGUCACUAUGUUUUCUUGCUGAAUGUGAAGGCACCAAAAAGUAUCCAGAGUGCCAGGCUAUUUCGCCGAAUGAAAAGUACAGAACCAAAGUGACUUUUGAUCCCAAAACAGCCUAUCCGUGGCUCGUUGUAUCCGCAGACAGGACCUACGUGGCAUCAGGAGACGGACCACAAAAUGUGCCGGACAACCCUGAACGAUUCAGUAACAUUCCCGCUUUGUUGGGCCUCCCUGGGUUUACGUCUGGGAAGCAUUACUGGGAGGUGGAAUAUGGGAACCAGAGAGAAUGGGCAGUAGGGGUGGCCCUUGGGAGUGUGAAGAGGAAGGAAUAUCUCAGGCUGACUGAAGAUGAGGGGAUUUGGCAAGAGGGUCUCUGGUGGCUUCGGGCACUGGAAGACAAUUCCCCCAAACUUCCUACAUGCCCUGGGAUCAUUGGGGUAUUUCUGGAUUACUCAGCAGGCACAGUGACCUUUUACCUCGAGGGGAAAGUGAUUCAGAAAAGAGCCUCUUUCAAGAGGGUGAAAGCAUUUCCAUUCUUCUAUGUGGGAGGAGGCGUUAACCUCAAAUUAAAGUCUUACAGUAAAAUUUAAAAACCAUUACAGGAAAAAAGACCUAAAAACUGCCAUUCAUAACAGAGCAAAACCCCAAGAAUCUUCAAACAGUCAAGAGAUUAUAAAAAUUAUAAAGCAGUAAAAAAAUAAAAAUAAAAGCCAGAACAGUGUACCCAAAAACACAGUUCCUGCACCUAAACCUGCUUGGAGACUUCCUAUUAAGCCGGGGAGUUUCAAACGUGGCUUGAGCAAUGAAUAAUAGUGGAUCCGCCCUCUGAUUUACAAAUCCUGGUUACCGUAUAUACUCAUGUAUAAGUCGAAUUUUUCAGCACAUUUUUAAUGCUGAAAAAGCUCCCCUCGACUUAUAUUUGGGUCAUUACAUUUUUUUGUGUUUUUACU